GCGUCUUGUUCUCUUCCCUCAUCUCGCUACGGUCCCGCCUAGCGCGCUUCUCGACAUGGUUUCUCGCCUCUGUCAAGCGUUGCUGCUGUCGCUCUUUUUUGCCCUCGUUUCUGCCGCCAAGGCGUCUUCCGCAUGGAACGGUCACACCGACGCGGCCUCCCGCAAACUCGCUCCCUUCACGCCCUACUACGUCCCGCCUGGCGCGAGGAGCUACGACUCCGCCUCCCCUCUCGUCCACUACACCGGCAAAUGGCACGAUACCUUCUCGUCUGCCUACGUCCACAAAUCUCUUCGCUGGACCUCUGAGAGAAACGCGGCUGUCCAACUCACGUUUACUGGUACCGGCAUCGAGGUCUUUGGCAACGCUGGACGGAAGCACGGUCCUGUCAAGGUCUACAUUGACGGCAAGUUCCUGCAGGCUAUCGACCCCUACGUCGACAUCAAGACGCCGUAUACGCAACAGCGCACCUUCUGGAAGUUCGACCUCCCCUAUGGCAAGCACACCAUCAAGCUCGUGAACACGGCGAUGAAGACCCUCGAAGGCAAGCCUGGUGUACUCGACCUCGACGCUUUUGUUGUCACUCGAGGACGCAAGUGGGCUGCGCAGCCAGCCAUCAAGGGCGCCCCUCACACUCAUCUCAGCCCGAUGGUGCUAGCGGCUCAACGUCCGGCGCCUGCGUCCUCCACCUGGAAGCUCACGCAAGAAGGCUCAACCGGCGUACAUGCUAUGCAGCUUGCUGUCAUCUCGGCUACUCAGGCGCUCAUAGUCGACAAGGUCGAGCACAACCCGCUGACUAUCGACGGACACCCUGCUUGGGCUGCGAUCUAUGACCUUGACACUCAUGCUCUCACUCCACUUCGCAUGCAGUCGAACUCUUUCUGCGCUGGUGGCACUUUCCUCAGCAACGGCACGAUGAUCAACGUCGGCGGCAACCCGAUCGUGGAGGACCAUACAGCCACGGCUGACUUCGGCGACCUGGACGGACUGCAGGCUGUCAGGCUUCUGAACCCUUGCGAUAGCGAGGACUGCACGAUGUAUGAGAACCACGACCGCAUACGCAUGGCAAGCCCUCGCUGGUACAACACUGUUCUUCGGCUCUUUGACGGCAGCGCUAUGAUCAUCGGAGGUUCGAAGAAGGGUGGCUGGAUCAACAACUCUACGGUUAACAACCCGACGGUCGAGUACUUCCCGCCGAAGAACGUCGGCGGUCAGAAUGGCCUUCCCGUUCAUCUGCCGUUCCUUGACGAUACAUUGCCUUCUAAUCUCUUCCCACUCGCGUUCGCUCUCCCCGAUGGGACCGUCUUUAUGGCCGCCAAUCGCUAUGCGAUGAUCUACGACUGGGUACAGAACAAGGAGCGUCGUCUGCCGAAGCUGCCGAACGGUGUACGCGUCACUUAUCCUAUGGCUGGCACUGCUCUUCUCCUGCCUCUUAGCCCUGUCAACAACUACGAUCCCGAGGUCCUCAUCUGCGGCGGUUCGACCAUUGAUGACUCGAAGCCGGGCUACGAGAUGACGUCGCAAGACCCGGCUUCUGCUCAGUGCGCGCGCAUGACCUUGACGGACGAGGGCAUCGCCCGCGGCUGGGAGGUCGAGCAGAUGCCAGAAGCUCGCCUCAUGCCGGACGCCGUGCUCCUUCCGACUGGCCAGGUCCUCAUCGUCAACGGUGCAGGCAGUGGUAUCUCUGGCUAUGCCAAUGUGCGCAACCAGGUCGGUGCGUCGAACGCGGACCAUCCCGUUCUCACCCCCGUCUUGUACGACCCUGCCGCUCCGGCUGGUCAGCGCUUCUCGACGUCUGGCAUGCCCACGAGCGACAUCCCGCGCAUGUACCACAGCGUAGCGACGCUGACGCCGAAGGGUGACGUGAUGAUUGCGGGCAGUAAUCCCAACCUGGACCGUAGCGAGAUGAAGUAUGGGACGGAGUAUCGCGUGGAAUGGUUAGCGCCGCCAUACAUGCUAGAGGAGAGGCCGGAGAUCAAGGACACGACGCUGAACUUGCCUUUUGGGAAAGAUGUUGCAGUGAAGGUCGACUUCCCGAAGCAGGCGAAGGAGGUGAAGGUCGCCCUCAUGGACCUCGGCUACGUCACGCACGCAGUGCACGCGAACUCGCGCUUGGUCUACCUGCAGAUCACGCGUCGCGACGACGGCGUGCUGGAGGUCGCUACGCCGCCGAGCGGGAAGGUCUACCCACCCGGGCCUGGGUUCCUCUACGUCGUCGCGGAUGGCGUACCGAGCAAGGGGAUCAAGGUGAUGGUGGGUGACGGGGAGAGCCCGCCUGUGGAUGAGGCGGCAUACAAGAACAUGUUAGCGCAGUCGAAGGUGGACCAAUACGAAAAGAGCAAGGGAAAUCUCUGAGUGGCCUUGGUUCUGGGUUCGUUACCUCUGCGUCAUUCCUCCGUCGUGCAUCUAUCAUCUGGCUCUCACACUAUGUUUCGUCGAUCUCCACUGUCUUUCAUUCGUUUCCUCACAUACGACUAUCGUUUCUUGUGAUUUUGUCAGCUUUUGUAUCGCUACCGCUACCACACUUGUAGCACAUGCUAACGUGUAUAUCUACGGUCCACUAUUUUACUCGUACACUCACCUCUAUCGUACCUUCUCAACACACGCACCUAAUGCACACAUGAAUGUGGAUCAUGAAUAGAAAUGGGAUAUCCAACUCAGGCC